AUGUCACUUGACAACAUUACGGAUGGUACAGACAAACGGGUGUUUUCUCAACUAAUCUUUCAAAAAGUGAAGCCAUUUUGCAUUCAACUAACCCAGGAAGCGCUUACGUCUAGUUUUAAUGAAGCAAAAGUAGUUUCAUUACUAACAUCAAUUGAAGAGGAAUUGAAAUUGGUCGAUUCAGAUAAUCAAGUGCAAUUGGACUUUCUACUUUUACCAAAUGUUGCUGAUUACAUAUUUUUCCCUAUUUCAAACUUGUUAAAGAAACCAGAGUUGAGUGAUGCAAUUGUGCAACACAUCUUGUCAAUAAUUGGAUAUUUAGUUGAGCAUUGUUGGAAGUUUAAUGUUAAUUAUUCGCUUUUUGACCAAUUAUUUCCAUUGGUUCUUUUCCUCAUUGAAGGAGAUUCGAGAAGAAAAUCUGGUGGUGUUGGUGCCAAGCCACUACAAUUCAAGCGAUCAUCAGUUUAUGCUCUUAAUGAGAUUGUUUAUUCACUCCAAAUGUCGUACUUUCAGGAGACUGUCAAAAGACUUCAUUUCUCAAGUAGGAGCAUUCUGUUGGCACUCGAAAUAUUAAAUUCCACGAAGGCGAGUGAUCAAGAAACGGUUGGUCUUCUUGUUGAUAGUUGUCGAUUAGUCCAAAGUCUACUUCUGAAACUUGAUUCAGAUAAAAAGUCUACCAUUCUUCCUGGUGUUGUAUCAGGAAUUACCAAUUUUGUCACCCUGAAUUCAAGCCUCAAUUAUCGCUUAUUUAUACAAAUAUUGCGCUUAUUGUCCAGUAUAAUAUGUACCUCAUUCAAUGAUAAAGACCUUCAUGCAGAAUUAAAAUUGGAGGCUGUUGCAAAUAUUUCCGAUCUACAAACUGUCUGGGAUGAUGAUGAGAGGACACUCGAUGGCUCCGAAAAAAGUGACAUUUCAAUUCAAGAACAUGGUCAUAGGACCAUGCUGUGGCUUAUGGCAACUUCGAAGCAGUUGAAAAUUACGUUGGUUAUUCUUUUUAGGUCUCUCCUACUUAGUUCGAGAAACAAGGAUCGCUUGCGGACAAGGACUGAACUUGCAGAUGAAGUUUUGGAUUUCGUGACAUCUGUGAUGGGUACCUGUUUUGUCUCUUUAUACGCUGAAUUUGUUCCGUUGGCGUUAGAUAUUUGUGCUAUAUUAGUGUUUGCUUCAUCUUGGGAGAACGGGGACUCGUACACGAAAAUUUGGGAAAUUUGCACUAGAAUCAUGGAGGUGAUUGAUACUGACGAUAGUAAAUGCAAUGCUUACUACGAAGUGGUGAGAGGAAAACUAUCUAGCUUAAUUGAUAACAAGCUUUCCUUUAUCGUUUUUUCUGCGGAUGAAGAUAAAGUGAGUUUAAACUUGAAUGCAAUAGAACUCCACUUUGCAAUGCUUAGUCAGCUAUCGUGGAAGAAUGGUGAUGGCUCAAAUGAUGUUCAACUGUUAAGAAAAAGGUGUUUGAGGUUAUUGCUGGAAAUGGCAGUUGACCAUGUUAGGUUGGAAAAUUCGCAGAAGCCGAACGCUCCAGCUUUUCUGUUAUCAGUCGAUGACGGUUUGCUGAAUCAGCUAGAUAAUAUUGAGCUUCCCGGUCACAUCAAUGCGAGAAACGUCAAAAAGGUACUGAAGCCAUCAUCUACUAGUAGGAUUCUGUAUACACACCAAUUACAACUCAUAUCUUCACAAUGGAGUCAAAAUACACUUUCACCUGAAAAUGACUUGACUAUUGGUUUAGGUUCGAAAGUUUUGGAGUCAAAUUUAUACUCCAUCGUAUCCUUCUUGUCUAAACUAAAGUAUAAAGGUGGAGGGAAACUUGAAUUGCUGGAUUUGGAAGAUAUACUAGAAGACUCGGGUAACUCCAGUGCUUUGGAAAAAGGUGUUGUUUUGUGGUUUGCUUCACACUUUGCGAAGAAUGGUUUACAAAAACUGCACGAUUUUGAUCCAACUGAGUUUAUGAAUUUCGAAAGCUCGGACUUGAUCAUGGACGACACAUCAAAUGCAAACGAGGCGACUUAUCUUUUGCUAGUCAGAGCCGAAGGCAUCUUGGACGAUUUUUAUGACAAGAGUGGGGAAUUCACAAACAUGGAAGAAGAAGUGGCCUACAUCUCUGCAAUUGAUGCGAUUGGAUGCGUCGUUGGAACAAUCCCACUAACGUCAUUUAGGUCUGAUGUGCUAAUGGACUAUUUGCUAUGUUUGUUUCAAGCCUUGACUUUGACUGAUAAACCACGGAUUCAGUCCAAAGCCCAAAAAACCCUCAAAAGUAUUGUGGAUUGUUACUACGAAGGUUCGGCGACAGGGAUGAUCAUGGACAAUGUGGACUACUUAAUUGACGCGAUAAGUUUGCAAAUGACUGUGGCUAGUAACCUAACCCCACUGCUACCUGGAAUAUUGAUUAUUCUAAUUAGGAUCACUGGUGUUCAAUUGUUGGAAAGCAACCAACUAUUUGAUAUAUUUUCCGACAUAUUUGUGAUAUUAGAUUCAUAUCAUGGGUACAACCAGUUGGUAGAAGGCUUCUUUGUGGUUUUUGAAGUCCUCGUGGAGCAAAUCAAGCAGAGGUUUUUAGAAAAUGGCACAACGAUUGAAGAUUGUAACACUAAUGAAUCUCAAUUCAAACCGUGGGGCAUGGCAUGCCAAGAACAAUUGAUACAUUUUCUACUGGACAAAAGUUAUGUUGAUCCACUCGGUGGUUUUGAUAGCGAAAAGGAAUACUUUCAAAGAACAGAAGACAAACCAUUCGACGAGAUGGGUGAUGACUCGGAUGAUGAGGUUGACGAGGAUGACAGUAAGGCGAGUGAAGAAGAGCCAUGGAUUUCCCCAAUACCAAAACCAGUCUACGAAGUUUUGAAACGUAUAUUUACCUAUGGAUUCACAUUAAUCUCGCAACCAUCAUACACUUUGAAAGCCCAAAUCAUCAAAACUCUCAGGCUUAUUUUCCCGUUACUCUGCACAAACUACAAGUUAUUGUUACCAAUGAUGGCAAGUAACUGGUCAGUAUUGAUAACAUUGAUUACGGCAUCUAACUCAUUAUCAACUGCAGAGAGUGUGCGAACUACACUUUCUCGGGAGCAAAUAAACAUAACAAUUGAGUCGCUUAAAUUUGUCACUGAAAUAUUACAUCGUGACAGAGACCAGCAAGAGUAUUUUUUUAGUAGAAAAUUUCAAGAGACGUGGAGUUUCAUCUCGAACCAUUCCGAGUUGUUAUCAAAACCUUUGAAGCAAGAGCAUUCAACUGAAGUGGUUGUUGCAGAGAAGGCAAUAGCAACAUUCAAGUCUUUCCCUAUUCUAAAAGAGUCGCUUGUGGAGUUUCUUAUUGCCGGUGCUCAAAAUUAUGAAAAAACGAUACCUGAUUUGACGAGGUUUGAAUUGAUCAGAUUGUGCUACAUACUCGAAAUCCCGCGCUCUUUAGAGCUUACACGAGAUACUCAAUGCGUAUUGGAAGUUUUGAAAACAAGGCCUAUACUAGCUAAAUAG